UCCCCAGAAUCACAUUAGUUCUAAGGAAGGGUCGCUGACCUGAAACAUUGACUGGGUUCUCCUUCUACGGAUGCGCCUUGACUGGCUGAGUUCUUCCAGCAUUUCCAUUUUUAUCUCUGAUUCCAACAUCUGCAGUGUUACUUAUUUUCCAGUACUACAGCAGAGUGCUGUUGAAUGGUUUAAGCCUCAUUAACGUAAAUAAUGCCACAUUUAAAGCAGUGGUAUGAUUUUAACCCUGACAACGUGACAGAAACUGGAUUGGUGGGAAAUUAAUUGCAAGGGUUAUCAUCUGCAUAGGAGCUUUUCAUUUGCAAUUUGAAGAAAGACUUUGGCAGCCUUUUGCCUACUUGUGCUGAAGAAUGUUUGAUGCUAAUAAAUAUGGAAAAGUAGGUGAGUAUCUAAUAUGUCUGAAACUGAUCUAGCAUUAAAGUUUGGAGAAUGUUGGAGUGAAUACCCAUAUUUGUCCUUUCACUGCCUUUAUGAUUACUUAAACAUGCUACCACCCUUUGUGAAAUCCAGUGCUCUAAAGUUCAAAAGUGGAAAUGAAAAAUGUACCCCAGGAGACUUUGAUUUAUAAUACUUAUUUAAACAGAUUUAUUACACUGUUUUAAAUAUGCAAACUUAGAAUAAUCCUCCUUUAUAAAAUAUUGAUCUUUGAGGUAACAGGUACGUAAAUGCUUUUUAUUACCAGCUAAACUAUCAAAACUGCCUAAAUAUCCUUUUCUGUACAAAUCCCACUCUAUUACAUAAAACUUGCUACAUUUGCAAAAGAGCAAAGCACUGCAAUGUGAUUUAUAGAUUGCCUAUUGUGUAUUCAGUAAUCAUUGAAACUUAAAAGUGUGGAAAUUAGUAUGUUUUUUUUUAAAACCAGGAAAGCAACUUGAAUCAAAGAGCAUUGAGUUAAAACGAUCUUCACUGUCUGGAACCAAAAAUCAUUUUGCAAUACCCUCCCCUGUAUCAAGCUUCUCAGCUUCAAAAGUGAAGCUUUUGCUUAAUCUCCAAUACCAAUGAAAAAGCAAAAGGACUUUGUAUGUCCUGUCAGACAUGCAUGAUCUUAAUCCUUUGUGCUUAGGAAAGUACAUUAGUGUAUAUGUUAUGUCAGUCUUGAACUUUUAAGUAACAGUUUACCUGCAUGGAGUUAUGAUUUGUCUUUGAAACAAUAUCCAGCUGAAUAUUUUUGGCAGUUCUCUUAGUGAAGAAAUUUGGUUGAAUUUGCAAGAUUUACCAAAGGAUCAAGGUUUCAGAAAAGUCGAAUGUUUUUCCCAUUUCUGAACAUAUGAUGUAAUUUACCAAGAAGAAAACACUUGUACAGAGGGCAUUUUCCCUGGCUGUAUGUUUCUUAAACAUUUUAAAAACAACACUCUCAGGUAGAGGAUUCAAGUUUUAUGUUAUGAGUACAAUCAAAGUCAAAAUCAAUUUAUUUUUAGAUUCUAAGGAAAUUGUCAAGAUUGAAAUUGAUAAAUUCUUGGAUGCUCAGGGAAUCAGAUGAUUUGAGUCAUAGAGCCCUACAGCACAAAAACAGGCCCUUUGGCCCAAGUUAUCCAUGCUGACUGAGUUGCCUAACUGAGCUAGUCCCAUUUGCCUGCAUUUGGCCUAUAUCCCUCUAAACCUUUCCUUGCAAAUGCCUUUUAAAUGUCAUAAUCGUACCCACCUCUACCACUUCCUCUGGCAGCUUGUUCCAUAUAUUUGCCACACUCUGUGGGUGGGGGAGCAUGGAGUUGUUCUCAGGUCCCUGUGUCAAAUCUUUCCCUGCUCACUUUAAACCUAAUGUAGCUGGACAUGACAUGUCGAGUAUCCUGAUGGGUUCUAGGAGGAUGCUCUGCUAGCUCGAGUGCGAUGCUGGGAACCACAGAACAAAAAAGUACAGUGAAUAAAGGUCACGUGAUUGACACCUGGUGAGGUAUUCAAUCAUGUUCAAAGCUCUCUCUGUUCUACAGCACUCCCCAGGGCCCUACCAUUUACUGUGCAAGUCCUACCCUGGUUUGUCUCCCCUCUGGGUGCUCUGGUUUCCUCCCACAUUCCAAAGACAUGGCUUAGUAGGUUAACAUGGGUGUAAUUGGGUGACACAGGCUCGUUGGGCCAGAAGAGCCUGUUAUUGUGCUGUAUAAAUAAUGUUUUUUUAAAAAAUGUAACACCUUGCAUUCACCUGAAUUAAACUCCAUCUACCAUUCCUUGGCCCAUUAGCCCAAUUGAUCAAGAUCCUGUCCAUUAUACCACCAAUGUUAGUGUCACCUGCAAACUUACUAACCAUAAUGGUGUGGGGAAUGAGCAGAAUCAGACUUGCAUGGUUAUGUGGCUUAGGUUGAAAAUAGCAUCUGAAAAGUAAUAUUUCAUGAAAGAUUUGUAAAUUUAAUUUUGUCUCUAUUUCAGUUAUGGGGUUACCCAAGUGCUUAGAACUCCUAAAUUGAAAAUUUUUUUCUAUUUUAAUUUUCUGUCAUCAUCUGAAACUGUAGCAAAUCCAUUUAUCCUCUUUUAAUAGGGAGUUGUUUUGCUUGACAGCAAUGUACAAUUAAAAUAAUGAGCUUUUCAUGAGAAACUUGAAUUUUGGUAUGGCCGUCCAACAAGAGGCUUAGUAGAUAAAAAGUCAAUUGUUACAUCUUUGGCAAAUAACUGCACCACCUUACAUCAAUAUGUUAAUAAUUAAAUGUGUCCAAAGUUCAAUUUCAAAAGCGAACAGCUUACAAAAUUCAUUAGAGAGACUACAGAAUGGAAUCAGCAACCAAAGUUUCGAGGAUAUUUGCUUUGGAAAUACCAGAUAUCAUUGUGAUUGUUAUUUACUUUGUGUUUGUUAUGUGUGUUGGAAUAUGGUCAUCUAUGAGAGCCAACCGGAACACUGUGGGAGGAUAUUUCCUUGCUGGAAAAUCUAUGACGUGGUGGCCUAUUGGGGCUUCUCUAAUGUCCAGUAACGUAGGGAGUGGCCUGUUUAUCGGUCUGGCAGGCACUGGAGCUGCAGGAGGCAUUGCUGUUGGUGGUUUUGAAUGGAAUGCUACGUGGCUUCUUGUGGCACUUGGUUGGAUUUUUGUCCCAGUGUAUAUUGCUGCUGGUGUGGUCACUAUGCCUGAGUAUUUACAGAAAAGAUUUGGAGGACAAAGAAUCCAAAUCUACAUGUCUGUAUUGUCUUUGAUCCUGUACAUAUUUACUAAGAUAUCGACUGACAUUUUCUCUGGAGCACUUUUUAUCCAGGUCUCACUGGGUUGGAAUCUCUACAUUUCUACAGUAACUCUUCUGGCAGUGACUGCUAUUUACACAAUAGCUGGUGGUUUGACCGCUGUGAUAUAUACAGAUGCCCUUCAGACUGUGAUAAUGGUGGCAGGAGCUCUCAUCCUUAUGUUUAUUGGUUUAAACAAAGUUGGUUGGUAUUCAGGGUUGGAGGAGAAGUACUUCCAAGCAAUUCCUAACAUCACUGUGGCAAAUACUUCAUGUCACAUUCCGCGUGCUGAUGCUUUCCACAUGUUUCGAGAUCCAGUCAAUGGUGAUAUUCCUUGGCCUGGACUCAUAUUUGGGCUCACUGUGCUUGCUACUUGGUGUUGGUGUACUGAUCAGGUAAUCGUACAGAGGUCCCUGUCAGCAAAAUCUCUUUCCCAUGCCAAAGGGGGAUCAGUUUUGGGAGGUUAUCUGAAGAUGUUACCCAUGUUCUUCAUUGUCUGGCCAGGCAUGAUCAGCAGAGCACUGUAUCCAGAUCAGGUGGGCUGUGUGGAUCCUGACAUUUGUGAGUCAGUCUGUGGAGCUAGAGUAGGAUGUUCAAACAUCGCAUACCCCAAACUGGUAGUGGAACUUAUGCCUGUAGGUUUGAGGGGGCUGAUGAUAGCAGUAAUGAUGGCUGCUUUAAUGAGUUCACUCACCUCAAUUUUUAACAGCAGCAGCACACUCUUCACCUUGGAUAUCUGGCAGCGGAUUCGCACAAAUGCCUCUGAACAGGAGCUGAUGAUUGUUGGCAGGGUAUUUAUUAUUUUCCUAGUUGCUGUCAGUAUAGUGUGGAUCCCUAUUAUCCAGAAAUCUAACAGUGGCCAGCUCUUUGACUACAUUCAGUCUGUUACCAGCUACUUAGCACCACCAAUUACUGCGCUUUUCAUUAUGGCAGUCUUCUGGACAAGAGUCAAUGAGCCGGGUGCUUUCUGGGGAUUGAUGGUCGGGCUGAUCCUGGGGCUUGUUCGAAUGGUCAUGGAGUUUGUCUAUGGAGCGCCAUCAUGUGGUGAAGAGGAUAAAAGACCGUCGUUCCUCAAGGAUGUGCAUUAUCUUUACUUUGCUUUGAUUCUAUGUGGAAUAAGUGCAAUUGUUAUCACUGUCAUCAGCCUAAUGACUCCAGCAAUCCAGGAAGAAAAUCUGAUUCGAUUAACAUGGUGGACCAGAAACAUCAAAAUUUCUAAAACCCACUUGGAUGAUAACUGGAGCCAGCCAAAGCCAAUCUCCGAAUUCAUUGACAGAAAUGCUGAAUCAUUAUCUAUUACAGAGGAUGAUGGACAGCAAGAAACAGUGUCGCUCUCUUGGUGGAAGAAAACAUGUUUUUGCCUUUGUGGCCUGUCAGUACAGGAGGAGCCUGAACUCACAGAAGAAGAAAAUGAUGCCAUACGUGAACGCUUAACGAGCAUUGAAGAAGAACCUUUAUGGAAAAAUGUGUGUGAUAUAAAUGCCUUAAUCCUGCUGGUAGUUAAUGUCUUCUGCUGGGGAUACUUUGGAUAAGUUUUGUCAUCCUGAUUACUUACAGAAUAGUUUUGUACCUCUAGUGAAAUACUUGUUUGUAACAGUAGGUUAAUGGCAACAAUUACAUGAGUAUUAACUUUUGUAUUAUUGACAGCUUCAGUCAUGUAAGACUUCAGGUAAUAUAUUGAUUAAAUAAACACCAACAUUGCAAGAACAAAGAUAAUCUAGUUCCAGGAGUAACUCAAUUAAAGUGACACUUUCUUUAAGCAACUUAAAAAUGUUGUAAACAGAACAAAGAAAAUAAAUACCAUUUGCAUUCGGUUCUUUCACAUAUUAUCUUUCAUUUUAAUGUUCUAAACUUAAGUUUUUAUAUCUUGUCCUAUCUGAUCUGUUAUUUUUCUUCCCAAUAAAAUACUUUAAAUAUUCCCCAGGUAAAUCAUUGCUUCUAUAUUUAUGCAAAUAAAGUUUUAAUUUUAA